AUGUCACAAGAAGGUGAAAACGACGAACCUCCAGUCAAAAUGAAGAAGAUCGACGUGCAAAUAAGGUUCAUAAUUUGAAUUCGUGUCGAAUAGUGUUGAAAAAAAUUUCACUGAAAAAUCUGGAAGUGAUUGAUAUUUUUUUCAAAUCAAAAAAAGGUCUUUUGACUCGAUUUCUUGAAAAAAAUCUUCAGGGAAAGCUAAAAUCAAACUUCAAAAAAAUUAAAAAAACCACAUCAAUUUUUCCAGUUUUAGAAAGUUAUUUUAUGAGAAAGUGCACACAAUCUGUUAAACCACUUUCUGAAUUUGAAGAAGGAUUUUUAUAAAGCCAUUAUUCCAAAGGAUUUUUAAAACGUCAGUUUUCUUUCAAGAAUUACAUUUUCCAGAAUAACACCAAUAUUGGACCCAAAGUACACCGACGUCGCCGUCGCAUCAACAUCAUUUUGCGCAUUGGCUUUGCGGGAAAAGCGGCUAAUCGGCGUGAUUCUGAAGGAUUUGCCCGAGUUGCCUGAGCAUUUGGGCCAUUUGAAGCGUGUAGGCAAGGAUGGCCGGGUUUUGUUGUGCAGAGAUGAGGAUGAAGUCAAGGAAAAGCUUUUGAAGAAGCUGGAAUUCAACCAUAAUCAGCAGUUUGAUGUAGAGGUGGGUUGGAGCUGGAAAAAAAUAGACUCGACAAUUUUUUUACAUAACUUAAUCUUCAAACGUCAAAAAGUAAAUUCAUUUUUUAAGAAAAAAAAAAUCUGGAAAUCGUUAUUUUUAGAUAAUCUGUUCAGGAACCUUUAAUGGGUAUUCAUAGUAGCAUCGAAUAAACUCAUAGAAAUAAAAUCAAAUGAUAUUCAAAAAACUAGCUUUUUCAAAAAUCAGAAAAUCAAGAAAAAAAAGCUUUACAUAACCUUUCCCAUUGAAAACUCAGCACAAAAAAUACCUACUACCGAAAUUUUCCACUUUUCUGGAAUCAACUUGAAGAUUUUGAGUUCAAAAAGAACUACAGUACAUCUCAUUGAAAUUUUUUUGCAGUUAGUCCAAGUACCCAGCCUGAAGCCGAGAACUCGGAUUCAAUUCGAAAACGCGAAACUCGUCUGGCCGACUGCUUUCCAUCCUGAUCAUGUAAUGAUUAAAACUUAUCAGAAUUACACUGGCUGGAAAAAUGAUCCAAUUUUCGAAAUUUUUAAUCACUUCCUUGUUGCAAAAAUCUACGUUUAGAUCAAAGUUUCUGAAGUUUUAACAUUCUUCCGUGAAACCUUGAAAAAAAUUACAAGAACAGUCGAGGAAAAAAAAAUUUUAUUUCAAAAUUUCAAAAUAUGACUCCUCGGUUUUAUAAUUUCUUUUAAAGAGAAGUUCUACUUCUCAUACAAUAAUGCUUUCAUCUAGGUUCUAUUUGAACUUUUUAACGGCCGUAACUUAUCCUCUUUUCUUUGAAAGUUUGAAAAUUCUAGUCUCAUCUAAAAGCGUAAUUUCAUCAAGGAAAACAGAUUUUUAAGGCUCUGGAAGCUCUCCUAAGUGGUAAGCUUUUCGAAAACGAAGCUAUAAAAUCGCAAAUAUUCUCCUGGAGCGAACUCGCCGAACAGAUCGGCUGCAUUGUCGUCAGGGUAAUCCUAUGGCAACCGAUCGGAAAAAAACCUCAAUUUUUCUUAGGAAAGCGAGAUAAUUGCAAAAUCGUCAUCCAGAAACAAGCCUCUCCGUCAUUCGGUGAUGGAAAUGGUCCGAAAAGUGGCAGAAAGUCAGUCGGAAGACGAAUAUUUGGGCACUGGAUGCGACGUUUUUCUCCGAAAUGAACCUUGCGGCAUGUGUGCGAUGGUAGGUUUGAUCUGAAUGAUAGAAAUUUUUAAAAAAAAUUAGAUUUAAAAUCGCAGAAAAAAAUUUGAUACAGUUCAGCCUCUACGAAAUACUAAUCAAAAAGCGCAAAAAUUUUUUUAAUACCUAAAAUAAAAAAAGGAAAAAAACUCUUGAUUAGCUAUGGUACUUAUUUUUCGGAUAUUUCUUUGCUCCAAAAAAACUCGAAAUUGGAAGUUAAGCAAAGAAAAAUAUUUUAAUCGAAAAAAAUUAAACUUGCAGGCACUUGUACACUUCCGAAGCGCUCGCGUCUUCUUCAAUCAUCCUUCGAAAAACGGCGUUUUAUCACCAAGUUUGUGAUUUUCUAUGAUCCUCUGUACAAUUUCCGAAAAUUCCGCAUCUAAUAUUGAAAAAUAUCAAAAAAUUCCAGACGGCUGGCAACUGCACUUGGAACCGUCCUUAAACCACCACUAUUCUGUUUUUCGGAUCGAUUGCGAAGCAUUUUCUCAAGGAUUCGAUAUUUGUUGUUGA